UGCGUGUUUUAUCAUUCCAGCCAUUAAAAUUGCACGCCUCACCAAAUUAUUCAACAAUCCUUUAUUUCCAUCACGCCGGGAGAAUGUCCGUACAUCACCUGCAAUUCAAGAGAUGGUUCCUAUAAUUACCAUACAUAGAUGUGUACAAACACCACAGGAAUUGCGGCUUGUGCAAUUGCCAAUUUAAAUAAUAUCUGAUAUAUUUGGAUAGUACGCGAAAUCUCCAGUUAUUUAAUUUGUACAUCUCACCAGUCUGUAAAACGAUGACCGAGAAAUUUCCGCUGGCCAGUGCUCCUUCACACCACGACGAGCCUCCGGAUUACAAUGAAGCCGUCUCCGGAGAUGAGACCCGCAUUCCCAUGGUCGGGACGUCCGCCGUUGAAAUUACGGCGCGAACCGCGGCCGACACAACCAGCGAAGGAUCAGCCUCCGGCCCACAGGGAUGUACGCGGAAAAGGUGGUUGGUCAUCUUGAUCUAUUGUGGCAUGCUCCUCGUCCCCAUCUGCGGUCUGUCGCUGGUCCUAUGGAGACCGUUCCAGCUGCGGCGCGCGCUAUCCGGAUACGGGAUACUGUUCAUCAGUUAUUGCGUGUAUUUACCGAUGGUUCUUAACUGGAGUAAGACCUACAAGAUGCUCCUGAAAGCGGUGUCCAAAGAGGAAUUUCUGGAUUAUGUCCAACGAGCUGCUCAAAGCCGUCCCCGCAUAACGUGGCGCAUGAAAUGCUACCACGACGACGACCGCACCGUUACCGUGACGCGCGGCACCCGCUCCCCUUCUCGGAGCGCCACCAGGAGCGCGUCACCACGUGGACGGGCGAGCAGGACUUCGAUUUCCGACGCUGGGAGAACGUCUCCUCCGACAGCGUGAAACCGUUCGACUCCGAAGGCUUCUUCACCGUCACCAUGUCCAUUGACUAUGUGCUGGGCGACAAGAACACGCGAACGGCAUUUGCCCAGCAGAAGGAGGGAUUCGUGGCGAUGAACCGCAGCCAGGAUCGCAAGUACGAGCUGGAUGAGGUGGUGGAUGUGGAGGGCGUGGCGAAGGAGAUUGUGGUCAAUACCAAGUCCAACGGGUUUUCUCGCUGAACGCGUACCGCGUGGCGGCCGUGCUGCUGUUGGGGCCGCUGUGGUGCUGCAUUAUCGCUAGACUGCACCAGCGCGUGGUGCAUCAUUUUGCUAAGAAAGUGUUCAUCUAAUUGUUUUCAGCCCAUUUUUUGCCGUGAACUAUUUGCAUUGCCAGUGUAUAUACAUGGUGUCACAUAACAAAAGGUGACGUGCCCGUUGACAUUCUUGCCAAAUUACAUUAUCGUUAUUGAAAUAACUUGUAUUUACGUCAUAUUUGUAUUUAAGGACUUUUACUAAGAAAAUUAUAUUUAUUAAUCAUUGAAGAUGUAAGUAUCAAUCUGCGUGAAUGAUAAAAACCCAAUAUUUAUAGG